AUUUAUUAUUCCGCCGAAAACGAUGAACUUUAACGACGCUUUCUCGUUAAUUAUUCGUUUUGUUUGAUAAUACGCGCAGUUUCAGUGAUAAUUAGGUGUUGUGGUGUUUUAUCAAGUGUUUAGUGUUAUAAAACAUUUGUGAACGUAAAUAUGAGUCAAAUAGUGACGCGUAAGGGUGGUGUGACGGAUGAAAAGGACAAGAGCCGGACGGACAGUCCAGUGAAAGAGAUGAAAAAGAAAAUGGCCGCCAACGCAGAGAAGGAAAAACAAGCCGCGGAGAAGAAUUCGGAGAAGGUAGAUAAAACUACAGAGAAACCGAAACAGACAGAGAAACCCGCAGAGAAACCGAAACCGACAGAAAAAUCAGCGGACAAACCAAAACAACCUGAAAAAUCAGUGGAGAAAACGAAACAAUCGGAAAAGGCCGCAGAUAAACCGAAACAGAAUGAGAAACACACAGAAAAACCAGCAGACAAGAGUACAGAUAAGAAAGUGGAGAAGAAUGGAGUUGACAAUAAAAAGACAGAGACAAAAGACAAUAAAAAAGAAACGCAAGAGAAGAAGGAAGAUAAAGUAGAGAAAAAUGGAAAGGCUGACACGAAGAAGAACGGGGCACCCAAACAGAAUGGGAAACACAACGGUGAGACCAACGGAGUAUUCGAAGAGACCGCGAGUGAAGACGAGGUGAUCGAGAUAGCUGAUGAAGAGUUCCCCGAGCUCGCGUAUGAUGAGGGCUCUGACACUGAAGCCGCUACUCCUGAGAGCGCGCCCAGUCGCAGCGCCACCAGGAGGUCCCAGGUGAAGGCGACACGAACCCCGGAAACUCCACAACCGGCCGCUGAAAAACCGGCGGAGGCUUCUGAUGAUUCAAAGGACUCAAAACUGCUCAAACUGAAGGAAGACGCCUCAACGGAAAGAAAGCUGCGAUCAGCCGACUCACCGAAACGCGACACCAAGAAAGAUACGCCCAAGAAAGAAGAGAAGGGAGAUAAGGAGAAGAAAGGAGAGGAGAAAGAGAACGGACAGAAAGAUAAAGUUGUGUUGGACGUGGUUGUUGACGUCGAACAGGAGGAGGAGCCACGGAAGCCAGACACCAACUACAGCAAGUCUCGGGUCAAGGUGUCCCCCUACAGGCGCUCCCUGCGCUCGCACGACCACACCGCCAGCUCCGUCAUGGCCAACUAUACUGGCAACAACACGACGAUGGAGAUGGACAUCACGGAGACGUCCCUCGAGGAGCCCUCCCUGGACGAUAGCUCGUACCUGUCGGGGCUCCGCACCAUCCGCGGCCGCCGCUCCUACAAGCCGCUCAAAGAGAUGGCGCUCAAACACGUGCCCAGGACCACCGCACACGUUUCAGUAUCCGAGCCGACCCGCCCAACAGGCACCGUGGUGGGCCGCAAGCGCAAGCCCGAGGCGGACGACAGCAUCGAGGUCGCCACCGAAGCAGGGGAGACAGGCGGGGUGCUGCACGGCAAGAGGAUGAGACUGUUGGAGAGGAUCGCAAUGCCGUUCAGGAGGACUGUGGCCUCCACGCCGCUACCACGGAGGAACGCUGAUAUCGUGGGCAUCAACACCGACCUGCCCCUCACAGCCCCCGUGGCGUCCGCCGACACCUUCGACCCGGAGACGCUGAAGACCUCCCCCCCCUCGGCCUCCGCCCCCGCGCCGCAGCUCACCGUGACGCCGCCGACGCCCGAUGCUGACAUGAAGGAUAACAAACGGUGUAUUGUUAUGUGAGUACGCAACUAAUGUGCAUUAGGAGGUGUGUAGCUUUGUAGCGGGAUAUCCGAUGUUUAUAUCAAUAAUUCAUUAGCUAAGCGGGAUUAAGGCCACAUCGAAGCAAUUCAUCUAAGAAAGCAAUAUUUAUUUAUCUAUUUAUUAAUGGAUCAAUUACAGCUAUGCACAUUAUAACAUUUAGUUAAGACAUAAUUAGACAAAGUGAAACAGUACUUAUGUGUAAGCCGAUUACAAGUGAACACAACAUUCAUCAUAAAAAGAUAACAACAUCUAGUCUGUUGUGGCUAACUUCAGCAAUAUUGCUAUUUGACAUUUGUUUGCAUUGCGCUUUUGUGUGCGUAAAUGUCAAAUUAAAAACAUAGAACACGUUCAGCUGCUUGUCUUCCCGGGCAUGUCGUAAAAACCGACAGAGGGAUUGUGUCCUCUAACAUGAUGGACUAAUGUUAUGGGCGAUAGGCUGAUCCCUUAACGCCAUAAGGUUUAUCAUCCAGCUUAUGACAUCGUAUCAACAGUGGUUGAUUACUUGUGGCUCUGCCCACCCCAUUAGGGAUUACGGGCGUGAGUUAAUGUAUGUAUGUAUGUAAAUGUCAAAUUGCAAUAUUGCUUUCUUAGAUGAAUUGCUUCGAUGUGGCCAUUUUAACCCCCCAGGGGAUCUAUAAAAAGCAAUAUUAUAGAACUGAAAAUAAUUUAAAAAAACACAUAUUUUCCUAAAUUUUCCUACUUGAUAUCAACUCAGAAUCAUGGUUUGAAUCAUCCCCCUCAGUAUUCGUUACGUUGUCACUAACACCCUAUUAUACCCCUCUGUCUGUCACCCCUUCAGGGAUGCAGGCGUGAUGCUAUUGCUGUUAUAAAUAUCGGAUAUUUUCUAACCCUACAUGUAGUGUAGAGGCUAAGGAGACUGUGAGGAUUGGAGAAAAAAAAAAACAUUUUUUCUUUACAUCUCCAUACCACCUGAAGCACACUCCACUGCCUAGCCUAGUAAAAACCAUGGUAUAAGAAGACCAGGUAUGCUCAAUCCUAUGACAAGCCGCCAUUGCUAGCCCUUUGAUGACGUAUGUGUUACCAACUGUGUUACCAUUAAAUUGGUAUCUCCAACAUUCGAAAGACGUAAAUUUUAUUAUUGAAAAUUAAGUAAUAAUAAUAAUAAAAACGUUUAUUUAGGUAAAAUCUACGACACACAUAUACAUUUACAACAAGUAAGUGACUUACUGGCUAAUGUAUUUAAUUACUGUUACUUGUCACAUAAAUAAAGAUAAAAAAAUGAAAAUAAAUAAAUUAAUAAUAAAUUUGAGGAAAUAUGAUUGGCCACCUGAUACGACACGAUUCAUUUAUAACAAAGAGGAGAGGAAGAGAGGAAGGGGUAGACCUAGGAGAACAUUUAUGAAACAAAUAAAAGAGAAGGUGCAGGUCGUGUCGUAUCGGGAGGUGAAGGUUUUGGCGGGAAGAAGAGAGGAAUGGCGGUUACUCCACCGACAAGAGCGCAGCUCUUAAAUAGAGAGAGAGACUUGUCACAUAUAUAAAAAUCACUAAAACUGUAAGUAACUCUUUUACUAAAUGUUCAAAAUUAAAAACAAUGGUCGUGGGUAAUUUAUUUUUUACGAAAUGGUAACUCAGGGUGGGGUGACAGCUGGGCUAACCUUGAAAUGUUAGCUGUCAGUUUUGAGCAUACCAGCCGGGUCUGCAUGACAACUGCGCCGCGCGCGGUGCGAAUUAUAUCGAGCGCUUGGAUGAAUAAACGAUACGAAUGCUAUCUACGUAGAUGGACGUCAAACGGCUAUUAGUCGAAGCGCUCAAUAUAAUUCGCACCGCGCGCGGCGCGGUUGUCAUGCAGACCCGGCUGGUCUUCUUAUCCUAUGGUAAAAAUCACGUACUGCAUAGAGGAAAACUUAGAAAUACUUUGUUAUAAGUGUUAAAACAUAAGAAUGACGUCACAUAUGACGUCACGUCUAGAAUAUUGCCUUUACAGGAGUGAAAUUACAAAUUUGAUACAAAUGAGAUGUAAUAAAGUUCAAAAUACAAUACUAUGCCGAUGUGCACUUGUAAAAGAAUAUAUAUAAAAAUAUAUGGUAUAAGAAAACAAAGUAUAAAUUAUGAUUGUAUUAUCGAGAAAAUGUUAUAAUAAAUACUUAAUGAGAAGCUCGGUGGCGCAGCGGUAAACGCGCUCGGUCUGCGAUUGUUGAAGUUAAGCAACUUUCGCAAAGGCCGGUCAUAGGAUGGGUGACCACAAAAAAAGUUUUCAUCUCGAGCUCCUCCGUGCUUCGGAAGGCACGUUAAGCCGUUGGUCCCGGCUGCAUUAGCAGUCGUUAAUCAAUCCGCACUGGGCCCGCGCACUGUGGAAUAUUUGGGUGUGUUUCGGAUCAAAAAUCUGUAACUCCGUCAAUUUUAAAGAUAGAGCGAUGUAAUUUUGCACUAAUAUAAAGGAAUAUAUAAAAAUUCAUAUAAGUAAUGUUUGGUGAAUUGAAAUUACGCGUAAUUUUUUUUAUUAAAUAAAGAAAACUCACAAUCGUUUAAAAUGCUAUAUAUUUAUUGAAAUUUAAAUUUUUAGUUAUAUUAUCUUACCUGUAUUUCUUAACACUAAUUACUCAAUUAACAUAACUUAUCAUAUUAAUGAUAAAAUAAAAUAAAAAAUGGUACAGUACCUAUAGCUAUACAUUAUGCUAAACAUAGAAAUGAAUCAAAAUUUUCUUAAUAUUAUUAAUUUAACUAGCUAUGUAAUAGGGUUUCUUGUUAGGUUCAUUCCCAUUUACACCUGGUGAGCUUCAGGAUCUAAAAUCAGUUCAUUAACCUUAAGAAGGAAUUCUUCAACUAGUUUUGCUUCCGUUCCUUCUCCCAUAGAACGCAAUCCUUGAAGAUAUCCGCCCAGAAUGUGCUCCAAACCAUAUUCGUUCAUCAAAAUAGUGUUUCUUCUUUUUUUGCUUGAUUCUGAAGAAUCUCCAUAUGUCACACACGGUCUUCCUCGUUUACCAGAAGAAGUAGACGGUGCUGAGUCUGUUGACACGUUUUCUGAUGUAGGUAUAGUCACGGAAUAUUCAGAAUCCAGCCAAUUUGUGUUAUUUUUUAAAAAUAUAUUCUUAUUGCGUGCUGCUUCUUUCCAGCGUCUAUUAAACGCAGGGAUGAUAGUCUGUUGGAUUUUACCAAUUAUAAAACAUAUAUUGUCUUCUGAUACUUGUUUUUCCUCCAAAUAUGACGAAAGUGCCGCAGUCGUUUUACCGCCUUCUAUAUAAGAUUCUAUUAAUUCACGUUUACUACAGUUAAAAGUAGACAUUUUGAAGAGAAAAAUAGCCGUACUAUACGAAAAUACCACUGAAAUUGUAAUGGAAACAUAUUUUGUUACCUCCCUUUAUAUAUUGUUUCAGAAUGUGUGAAUUAAUUCAGAUAUCUAUUUUCUCACGGAAAAUGACACCAAAAUGAUAAAAACUUAACAAUAUAAAAUAAUCAAUUGAUAAACUAUACCACUAAGUAUUGUUAAAUCAAGUCAACCACGAAACCGCAAUUGAUAGCAAUUUCCGUUCCCUGACUAGGAUUCGAUUUUAUCUCAUAUCUCCAAAGUUCGCAAAAAAUCGCAGCUAAUUUUUAUAUAUGUUGUUGAUAAGUAACUAAACUAUCAAUUAACAUUAAAUUCAAAGCACCGGUAAACGCCGGUAAAUGUUAAAAGCUUCGACGAAGUUGAAGAAAACCUUUUUUUUCCUCCAUUUCUUCUUUAAUUUUUUUUACGUAUAUAUUCGUAUUAAAAACAAUCAAUUUAAUUUGUUUAAAUUUUCCGAUAGAUAAGCUUUUCAAAAAUAUAUAAUACAAUAUACCUUUCAUUUUAAGUUUUAAAACUAUCUGACUUUGAAAAUCGUCAAUGAGGAACUUGAUAUUUCCCAAUUUCAUGAACCUUAACUUUACCACAUGAAAACAACUACUUUCACCAAAUAUAAUAUGAAUUGCGCUACAGAAUAUGAAUCUUCGACUUUCGAACUAUUAUAUUACAUUGAUAGAAGGACCUAUUUCAAUUGGUGAAAAAAUGAAUUUUGAUACGCGUUUGUUCUACCAUAUUCCAUAGUGCCGCGUGGUGGUUUAAAGCCCGAUCUCCCUAUUCAUCCAUAGGGAAGGCCCGUGCCCCGGCACUGGGGACGUUAAUGGGCUGGUGAUGAUGAAAUACUUAAUUAUAAUUAUAUAAAAAUCAGUAAUAGCCCUGUUAGGAAAACGUCUGGCUUACAUCGUAGUGUUACGGGUUCGAAUCCAGGUUUGGGCUCUAAACCACUGAAUUUGACUUUAUGAGUUUGAAUUCAUGUCAUCAUAGAUAAUUGAUAUCACGUGGUUUCCAAUAUUUGUGCUUGUUUAAUAGCAAUAGGCUCGCUUCAUAUGACAUUGGUUUGAAGUAUAGCUAGCGAGGUCUAGGUGUAUGUACUGUACACCUCUGCGUAACCCUUUGCGGGUACAGGCGUGAUGCUAUAUAUCUAUGUAUGUAAAAUGUAACACUGUUGUCAAUUUCAAAAAAGGGAACUUGCAGAAUGUGUGUUUAAUUAAAUACCUUGUUUUUUUAUACCAUGAUAGUAAAAAAAAAUAUGUUUUUUAUGAACAGCACUAUGAAGUGAAAUCGUUUUUGUACAUAAUAAUGUGUAUGGAUAUAAAAUCAGCCAAGACGGGGCCGCCACUGGAUAUAAAUGUCGCCGUAUCACUCUACGAUUAGACGUUUUUAAAACAACGCCGUUUUGUAAUACAGCGGGUUAAUAAUUAGCCGGAUUGAAUAUUGUUAUCCUUUUCAAACGAUAAGUGCGAGAAAGAAACAGCUACUUUUACAACUGUAAAACUUGGUUACAUUGUUUGAGCUUUAUGUGGUUAUUAUCAUUAUUAAAACACAUAAUACCGGGUUCUUACCGCACCUGAACCCGGUAACCCGGUUACCCGGUAUUAUGUGUUUAUUGCUUACCUUCUCAAACGAUAUGCUAAACAUGGUACCGGGUGAGAGCCUUCAGCGCUCCCCAUUGGUCCGGCCAAGCACGAUAUGUGCAAGAAAAAGACAGCUUUAGCUAUACAAUUGUAAAACUAAGCUAAUUAAAGUUUUUCGCAUUAUCUUAGUCCUUAUAGCGUUUACUGAGAUUACUUGUAAUUGUCCUACUAACGUCUUGAUUGGAUAAUGGCUGAUAAACGUAUCCAUUAUUUAAUUUAGAUGAUUGUCCUGUCGAUUCUGCUAAAUAUAGUCUAUAUUUCCCCUUCACUACGAUCUGGGGACCUUCAUUGUGAAGGCAUUUAAUAGGCAAGCAUACCACCUUUGACCUGGAACCUGACAGAGGGCAGCAGUAACUGUCAGUACUAUUCAGAGGCGGAGGACAGGAGUCCUAGUACGGCUUUAAAAUAGAUUAGUCUGGUGGCCAUCCCAAUCGUUUCAGACAGAGUACUGCGGGGCGGAAGGCAAGAGGGUAACCACUGUCCUAUUUUCCCCUAAAAAAGUAGCAUAGAGAAUGCUACACCGACAAGAGCGUGGUUUUCUCGUUUAUCUUCAUUAAAACGUGUCCACAGUUGCAUAUGGUAAUGGUAAGUGAAGAUCUGGUUUAAGGUGGUCAUCAUCACUAAUUUAAGAGCCACGCUCUUGUCGGUGUAGCAUUCUCCAUGCUACUUUUUUAAGGAAAAAUAGGACAGUGGUUACCCUCUUGCCUUCCGCCCCGCAGUACUCUGUCUGAAGCGAUUGGGAUGGCGCCCAGAGUAAUCUAUUUCAAAGCCGUACUAGGACUCUUGUCCUCCACCUCCACUUGAUAUUAACUUAGAAUCGUGAGCUGAAUCAUCCCCCUCAGUAUUCGUUACGAUGUCACUUACACCCCGUAUAAGUACGUAGCAGCCGUACGGGUACGUAUGGGUGUUAGAAUAACACUGUUAGUGACAUCGUAACGAAAACUAAUACGGCUGAUUCAGACCGUGAUUCUGAGUUGAUAUCAAGUGGAAAUUUCCGUCGCAAAACUACAUACUUACUUGAUUUUAGAAUCAUGAUCUGAAUCAUCCCCCUUAGUAUUAAUUACGGUGACACUAACACUCUGUAUAGUCGUGAGCUUUUGUUAAUUAUAUUUCUAUGUUUAGUUGAAUCGACAGUAAGCGUGUACCAUUUGUAGGUACGACGUGAUUUUAAACAUGCGACCAUUAUUAAAUUUACGUGAUUAUAUACGUGCUAUGAAUUGAUAAAAUAAUUGUUUAUUUAUUAAAUAAAAAAAUUAAAAUUCAAUUUCUUUAUUCAGGAAUCUAAGCCCACACAUAACUUUACAUUACAUUAAAUUAAAUUUACAUUACAUUAAAACUAAAAUAAAUACAUUAAUUACUUUUGUUUUUACUUACACAUUUUUUGUUCUAUUUGUUUGUUAGUAUAUUUUUCUUUAUAUUAUUUCGUCAUUUCAUAGCACAUCAUGUUAGGCUAGGUUACAUUAAUUGGAAUGCAGUUUACAGAAUGUUUGUAAAAAACUCGGAUAAGUCAAGCCGUGAAGGCGAUCAAUCAGAUCGCUACAACAAACAGUUUAGGACCGCGAUACGCCAGCGUGGUCGACGACAUAUGAACGAUAGGUAUAAGCCUUCAUUUCAUCAAAUUCGAAAUUCAAAAAUAUUUUUUAUUCAGUAGGUAACAUAGUUACACUUUGAACCGUCAUUUUUUACAUAACCAACGUCUCAUCCGCCUGAAACUACUGCAGCUCCUCACAACCUGUAUAGCCGGGGAAAAGAAGCUGCACAAAAAUCUCGGUUCUGGUGUACGUACUGCUAGGCCGCACGCCUUACCAUCAGGUGUGAUCUUUUCAGUGAUUAUACUUAUGGCUCAUUUGAUCGACCAAGUAGCGAAUACCACGCGAGGCAAACCUAACUAAAAUAAGGCCUACACUUCAGAUUGGUUGAAGAAUAAUUCCAAGCUUUUGAUCCAAUAUUUUUUUCUAAGAAACAUUCUGUAAACCGCAUCUCAUCUGCAACCGUAACAUGGUGGCAGCAUACCGCGCGCGACGCGAUAACUGCGCCAAUAUAAUUGGUUUAUUUAUCGUGUAGCCAAUCGUCAUCUCAGGCUACAUCUUGUGACAGGAAAUGGCCAAUAGGGUUGGUUUAUUUAUCGCAACACGCGCGUUAUGCGGACGGCAUGCUACGGGGGCUGAACUCUCAAGAGUUCAUUUUAAAACGCAACGUGGAGGUGUCCUAAAUAAAAAAAUAAACGUUCGAUCAGAACGAUAGAACAGAAUCAUGUUCAAAAAUAUAUUUUGUGCGAGUUUUAUAAGCAAUAAACGUUAAGGAUUACCAUUUGGCUUUCAUUUUAAUUGUAAAAUGAUACUAACAAAGAAAAAUAAAGAAAGAAAUAUGAGUAUCAUACAAAUUAAUCACGAAUAAAUCAUGACAACACAAUAUUAAACCACCGAAUCUAUGCCAUAAAUGACCAUACAAAUAACGAUCACAGUAUAGUAAUAAUAAGGACGAUUUUUGUUUGAAUCUUAAGUCAUGAUUGACGAAUUAUUGCAAGAUGUAAUAUCGCUCUAAGCUCAAUGAACAUAGAGGCGGAAUUAUAGAAAUGCACUUCUCUCGUCAAAGAAUAAACAGUAAUACUACAUAUAGAAGGGACACUCGUCUCUGCACUAAUAAGAGCUUGUAGCAAACCUCACACCACCGAUAGAGGCCGCUUUGACCUAUGAAAGUCGUUAAGCAAUACGGAAGCGCGCCUGCACUCUCUUUCUCGCUCGUACACUCGAGUUGAGGCGUCACACGGUAAGAACGAGAUUUUUGUACGAAGUGUCCGUGUUGUCAGUACCGCCUCUAUGGGAAUUGCGCAUUUCGCGAAUUUCUCUGUCAAAUGUACAGGGAAUUGUAACUCACAAAAAUGAAAAACAAUUUAAAACACACCGGUUUUUGAGAACAACAAGACACAUUUUGUUGGGUUGACCAUGUUUUUGUAAGUACGCAAGUGGAGCAUUUGCAAUAAAUGGAUUAGAUCGAUAUUGUAACCGAUUAUAAAGAUUUUUUUAUACGUACAAUGCUAGCUAAGCUAAUAAAUAUAAUUGGCAAAAAUAGUAGAUUUUUUCUUUUAUGUUAUGCAACACAGUCAUUACAUAUUUAUAAAUUUAAUAUGAUUGGUUGAAUGUAUUAGUGUUGCCAUAUACACACACUUUUUCUACUAUUUCCUGCCAAAUAUAUUUCGUUCUAAAAGCGAUUAAUUAUUAUCGGUUAGCAUUUAAACAAUGUUAAGUAGACAUAGUAUUUACCUAGUUUUAUUGUAGUUUUUUAACAAGGUAUAAAACCAAAUGAGUAGUAAAAAAUAUUAUUAUGAAAUCCGCUUAAGGAAUCCUCGGUAAAAAUAGUAUUUGAUGAAAUAAAGACAGUGUAAAUUUAAAAGCAUUUUUCGUUUCAAUAAAAUUAAAAAAAAGGCAUAAGAAGCAGAAAAUAAUGGAAGGUUAUACAGACAUCUUUAUUUAUAGAAUAUUAUAAGUUGAUUUAAGAAAAUAAGGGUUUAAUUACAAGUUUUCCAGGAAUUCGGUUUUCAAGAAAAUUAUAACUAGUAGUGUUAUAUUACUGGUAGGCUAAAUUAAAUUGCUAUAUUAUAACAACCAGUACAAUUCAAUUUAGCCUAUAACCGUUUUGUCUGAUUCUAAUUUAGCUUGCUAUUGCAUUAGGUUUGUUAAUAUAUCGACAAAAUACAAUCCUAUUUACCCUAUCAUCAAGUUCCAAGGGCCCAUUAUAAAGUAAUUUUCAUUAUUAGCAUAAGUGGCAACAUUGAUGCCAAAACGUCGAGUAUUGCCAAUUGAAACUUGAAAAGUUUUACCAAAAUAAUUCCCUUGUAUUAUUUAUCUAAAAAUGUCAAGUGAUGAUUUUUGUUUUUUCUUAUAAGUAUUAUAUAUUAUUUUAGUUCUCGACAGGCGCAUUUUGAUUUGAUUUAUAGAAUUUUGAAUUACAAUAAAUGAUUAAAAUGGUGGCUAACAUUCAGAACUCAAUAGAUGGCGCCACAUAGACGUGAGGUCUAUAUAAUGUACUUUUUAAAGACAAAGGCUGUAUUGUGUAAAAAUCCUUUGCUUAUAAUUAUAAAAAAAAAACCGCCUUCUGUUGGGCACUUAAAUGUUAGUCUCCCAUUUAUAUUUUGAUUUAUUAUAAAUAAAAAUAAUGUUUUUGUGUAAGAUAAUCCUAGUUUAGUCUAAUGGAAGAUAGAAAUAUGAUUAUAUAGAAAUGAUAAUUUUGUUAAUAAAUCAUUGGAAUCGA